UACCAGUACAGCCCCGAACUGGACGACGACCUGGGUGGCGCGUUUCAACGCCCACUACUCACAUGCUUGCUUGUAGCGGUUAAUAAAUGCCGCAGUUCAGAGAUCAUCAUCAUCUUGCCGCAAUGUUGGUCGGCACCUAUACCACUGCAGCUGCUUCACAGGAUGCUCCUUCAUGCAUCUCCCGCGGCGUCGGACGAUACCUCGCAGACGGUGAAGAUAUAUGCUGGGAAGUUGUUUGACUCCAUAAAUCUCCAGCUACUAGAGAACCGGGUCAUAAGCGUUUCUCCGGAUUCUGGGCUUGUACUGGACGUCAGCUCUUUCUCGCGUGAGGAUCGCAUCGCCUGGGAUGACCCCCAAGUGGUCGACUUGAGACACGCGACAGUCCUCCCAGGACUUGUCGAUGUUCAUGUGCAUUUCUUCUUGCAUACAUACUCCGAGACGAGGUGGGAUGAUCAAGUCAGCAAGGAAAGCGUGGUAGAGCGUACUAUCCGUGCAACUAUCCAUUCCAAGCGCACAUUGAUGGCUGGCUACACCGCCGUACGAGACUUGGGCACAGAGGGUGCCGGAGAUGCAGACAUCCAUCUGCGCAAAUGCAUGGCGGGUCCAAAUCCCAUCAUCCCCGGUCCUCGUUACUUCACUGCCAACCGAGCAAUCGUCGCGACUGGGUUCUAUGGCCCGAAGAGUACCAUACACCUCAACCAGGAAGGCAUCGAAGGCAUUACCGGUGCUGAGGUUGUUGACGGAGAAGUUGAAUGCAUGAAGGCCGUGCGCAGGCAAAUCGGCGCCGGGGCCGACUGGAUCAAGGUCUAUGCCGAAUAUCGCCCCCGAACACGAAUUCGCGACGUCUCGUACAUCCUGCCAUCCAUCUCUAUCGCCACAUUCAACGAGAAGGAACUGGACGCCUUGAUCACCACCGCCAACAGGCUCGGAGUCAAAGUCGCAGCGCACUCGUCGCACUGGCGGACCCGCCUCGCCGACAAGCCAAACCUGCCGAGCGGACCAGGUUUCCACUCUAUCGAACACGGCGGGGACAUCACAUUCGACGACGAGACCAUCGCCGCCCUCCGCGAGAACUCCACAGAUCGCCUCAGCACGUUCUGGGUGCCCACCCUCUCGAUAUUCUACACGGAGGGCAACAAUGGCCAGAGCGAAGUGUGGAAAAUGGCCGCGCGGAAUUUCGCGAAGGCGCUGCAAUACGGGAUCGACAACAUCGCGUGCGGCGGAGAUACUGGUCCAUUCCCGCAUGGCGACAACUCGCUCGAGAUGAAGCUUAUGGUGCGCCUCGGUGCCGAGUGGCGCAAGGUGCUGGGCUGGUGUACCUACGGCGGCUGGAAGUGCAUCCGCAGUAUGCGAUGGGAGGGAAAGGAGGGCGCAGCGCGGUUGACUCGAGUCGGCAGCUUACAGGAGGACCAAAGGUUGGUGGGCGACAAUGAGGUGCCCUUUGGUGUGAUCAGGCGUGGGUUUGCCGCGGACAUUAUAGCUACAACUGGGGACCUUGCGACGAGCUUCGAGCGUGCUGUGGACAAAUCGUCCAUAACCUUCGUGAUGAAAGGCGGAAAGAUCUACAAGAGGGACGGAAAAGGGCUGGUGUAAAGCGCCAUGACUAUCUCCCUGUAGUACAUAGUGUAUUCGGUGAAUUCAUUAUAACACUCAAGGUCUCAAUUA